AGCGCCGGGACAGUUAAGUGGGGUAAAGGUUGCUUGGACCUCUAAAUACACAAUGCGAACAGCAACCCAAACCCUAAACAUCUCCACCAGCUGACUAAUAUUUGUGCUGUGCGUGGAUGCAUUAAGCUAAAGUCAACCCAUCCUGAACAAGUCUGAAUUCCUUCCAGGGAGAAAACAUGGAUAACAAUUUGUCAAAGUCUCGGCCAGAGAGGACCUUCCAGUACCAAAGCAGCCUGCCAUCCCUGCCUGUCCCGUUACUAGAGACAAGCCUUUCGAAGUAUCUGGAUGCAGUUCAUCCAUUUGCAUCUGAGGAAGAGUUUAAGGCUACAGCGGACAUUGUGAGCAAAUUUCAAGCAGGUGUUGGCAAAGAGCUGCACCAGAAACUACUGCAGAGAGCCAGGACAAAGAGGAACUGGCUGGAAGAAUGGUGGUUAGACACUGCAUAUCUGGAGGUCCGCAUUCCCUCUCAGCUGAAAGUGAACUUUGCUGGUCCGGGGCCCUACCUAGAGCACUGCUGGCCUCCUGAAGAGGGAACUCAACUGCAGAGGACCAGUAUUACCACAUGGCAUACACUACAGUACUGGAACUUGAUCCGCACGGAGAGGCUGCAUCCUCAGAAAGCUGGCAAAAUACCUUUAGAUAUGGAUCAGUUCAGAAUGUUGUUCUGCACUUGCAAAGUACCUGGAGUAAAGAAGGACACCAUUCGUAACUACUUCAAGACAGAGAGUGAGGGUCCGUGCCCCUCCCAUCUGGUCGUGAUUUGUCGUGGACGGAUCUUCACAUUCGAUGCGGUCUGUGAUGGACAAAUUCUCACUCCUCCAGAACUACUCAGGCAGCUGAGCUAUGUGAAAGAGUGCUGUGAAGGAGAACCAGAGGGAGAUGGGGUGGCUGCCCUCACCUCAGAGGAGAGGACUCGUUGGGCACAGGCCAGGGAAUAUCUAAUAAACAUUGAUCCACACAAUAACACCAUCCUGGAGAUCAUCCAGAGCAGCCUGUUUGUCAUAUCUCUUGAUGAAACAAAACCCUACUCCACUCCAGAGAACUUCACAAAUUUGACCCAGGAAGCCCUUACAGGCAACCCCACCAUCCGCUGGGGUGACAAAUCGUAUAAUUCACUCGCGUUUGCAGAUGGCACUUUUGGAUCCACUUGUGAUCAUGCACCAUAUGAUGCCAUGGUACUGGUGUCUAUGUGUUGGUAUCUGGACCAGCAAAUCAAAGUUACAUCAGGCAGAUGGAAGGGCUCAGACGCAGUCAGAGCCGUACCUCAUCCUGAGGAGCUGGUGUUUACUGUUGAUGAAAAAGUCCAAAGUGACAUCAGCCACGCCAAACAGCAAUACCUUGAGUCGGCACAGGACCUGCAGAUUGUGUGUUACGCCUUCACGGCAUUUGGAAAAGCAGCCAUCAAACAGAGGAAGCUGCAUCCAGACACCUUUGUCCAACUAGCGAUGCAGUUGGCCUACCAGAAAAUGUACAAGAGGCCAGGAAGUUGUUAUGAGACUGCAAUGACUCGCAAGUUCUACCAUGGCAGGACCGAGACGAUGCGCCCCUGCACGCAGGAGGCUGUGAACUGGUAUAAAGUCAUGGUGGACCCCACAUGUGAUGCUGAUGCCAAGAGGAAAGCCAUGCUGCUGGCCUUCAAUAAACACAACAAAUUGAUGGGUGAAGCCCAGGAAGGAAAAGGUUUUGACAGGCAUCUGCUCGGGCUGUAUCUUAUCGCCAAAGAGGAAGGACUUCCCACUCCAGAUCUCUUCAUGGACCCCCUUUAUGCAAAGAGUGGUGGUGGUGGGAACUUUGUGCUGUCUUCCAGUCUGGUGGGCUACACUACAAUCCUGGGGGCCGUGGCUCCCAUGGUGCAUCAUGGCUAUGGCUUUUUCUAUCGCAUCAGAGAUGACAGGAUUGUGAUGUCCAUCUCAGCAUGGAAAUCUUGCCACGAAACAGAUGCUGCGUCACUGUUUAACAUCUUCUGUAGCUGCUUGCAUGAGAUGCUCCACUUGGCCACCACAUCUCAGCUAUAAGUACUCACAAUAACACAGAAAUGCACACACAGUUUCCAAACCCUUCGUUUAUUGCCGACAGCUAGCGAUAGUUAUAUUCUGAGCAAAGAUCAAUGCAAAUGUACAGAAUCCGCACUGCAGGGUGUUAACCACAGGCUUUGGCAUUAAAAAGUCUAUCAACAUUCUUGUUGUGAGAAGACUUUUAGUGUAGAUUUGUUCUUUUCUGAUUGUGUUAUUUUCUGAUUCAUGUGUAAAUUUUGUUGAAUGUUUAAUUUAAAAUUUGACAGUAUUAAUCCACAUUUAAUUUAAAGAUUAGCUGAUGCUAAGGCUCAAUAACAUCUAGCUGCUGACUGUUUAGACUGAACUUAGAUUUUUCUGUGAUACUACAUGGCAUUCCAAUGAAACCCAU